CAGAAACAAUAGGAAAUAAAAAAAAUACUUUGACAACUGUUGAAUUUCUUCAGCAGAUUGACUGUGCUGUGUGUUGAUCGGAAAUAAGCGAAAUAAAACAAUAUUGUGACUUUUUAAUAAACAUUUUAACAUGUGAGUGAUGAGUUGUACGGAAAAUGAAAGUGGCCCUUUUGUCGUGUUCUUCUUACCAGCGGUCGUUGGCUGCCUGACCAUACUCCUGGCUAGACGCUGGGCGAACUCCCAAGUUAGCAAUACUUCGUCUACAGCCGUCUCUAGGCGGCGAAAAAUCAUUAAGGACCCGCUUAUCAAGCGGCCCCUGCCGCAGAUAACAAGUAAAAUGAUGCCACCCGGAUCUAAAAAAACUUCUGGUGUAAAUAAGAAGGGUGCAUUUGUUGCCGAUGAGGAAAUAAAUGGCAGUGGCAAGAAGAUUCGAUCUUCAAGAGCCGCUCCAACAACUCCUCCAAAUGUUGUCUCUGAAGUGAAGUUGGCGGAUGUGCCGGUAGCACCUAAACACAUCCCCUUCCCAUACAUACCACAGGAUGGCAACCUGCUGUUUGAAGCGAUGACAUUUGUCUUUACACUUGUGGCUACUGGGUUACAGUUCUUGAAUCUGUACAGGACAGCCUGGUGGCUGCCACAUUCUUACACAAAUCAGGCUAUGAAUUUCUACUUGAUUGACCCUCACUUGGUGGCGUUUAUAGUGACAAUAAUAUUCCGUAAACUUUUACUAAGUAUUAGUCUGGCAAUACUAAGGGGCAUUCUCGCGCCAAAGUUAAUGCCACAUGCUACUAUAGCAGCCAGGAUGUUCAUAUUGGGUGUGGUGCUAGGCGCCCUCUCGUGGUGCACCUACUUCAUCGUGCUAAAGUACCCAGUAGUGAAAAUAUUCUAUUUGUUAUACCCGGCCGUGAUAUACUUCCUGCUAUUCGGUUUCCAGUCAGCGCCGUUCCUAGAGCUGAACACAAGCGACCCUCCACUGCAUUGUUGCACGCACGACGCUGCACAGAUACGGACAGAAGUGGACGCGUUACGGCAAGAUUUCAACGAUAGGAUGAAGAAAAUCAUAUUCAAUUCCGUUGUUGGAGCUUACUACUCCAGUUUUAUACCAUGUACUUUUGCACAGCCAUAUCUUUACUACGAGGUAUACGCAGCGUCACAACAGACCGCGUUUGUGUGGGCGGGUCUAUUCGCCCGGUACGUGAGCCAGCUCGUCAGUGCGACGUACUGCGACGUACCGCACCGGUCCGCGCUACAUCUCGGACGGUGGAAACCUGACCAUAAUUCUUGUACAGACGGUAACGAGAUACAAGCGUGGUCGGCGGAGCGCAUGUGGUCCCGCGGCGCGCGCGUGUCGUGCAAGGGUCGCGUGUACAUCGCCACCACGCCCGCCGUCGCUGCGGACCCGGCCUCCGUCGUGCAUACUCGUUUUCAUACGGUGUUCGCGAACCCCUCGCUAUUACUAUGCGCCAUGCUAUGCCUACAGCUGUCCCUCAUAAUACUACAGCUGUGUCUACUAUUCAGUUCCAUACAAUGGCACAACUUCCUAGCAAUAGUCAUAUUACUCUUCAUAAACUACUACACACUGUUUAAAAUGGUUCGCGACUAUUUAGUCGCUUGGAAAGUCUAUAAAGCAGAAAAUAUGAUACAAGAUAAAAACGGCCCCUUACAUUCUGUGCCCAAUUAAGUGAUAAUCUAUAUUCCUAAGAUUGAAUGUUUCCCGCGCACAAAAUUUGUUUCCUCUGUGUUGCCAGCUUCGUUGUAUUGUUUUUGUAUGAGUUUUGUGUAUGCGUGUAGUAUCGGUUUGCAGAAAUAGUUAUAGUCGGUAGAUUUGCUAAUUAUGUUAUACUAGUCGUGUGGUUUAAGAGGAUAAUGUUUGGACCCGCUAAUGCCCAAUUUUUUAUACUGGUUAACUUAUACAUACAUCUGAUGUAUUACCGCUAAUAUUCUCUAUAGACUAGUCUUUCAUACUCACACUUAUAAAAUAAGAAAUUUUCUAUUACCAAAGGUUACCUUUUUAUUGUUUUUCUAUGAGAUAUUUUAUUUAUCAUUUAUUUUGUGUAAGAAAAGAUUUCUUCCUCUAAGCGAAAACUCUUUUAGUUAACAAACUCUUUAGUAUAUAGGUAAGGUUCAAUAUAUUGUUUAGAGAUUGGGCAUAGUGUGUCAAUGGUCAGUUAACAUUCCAUAGUGGAUUCCCGAACUCAAUAUAACGAAGCUCGCAAUACUAAAAUCUAUAUCUUGUUGAAUUUCUAAUUGUUGUGUCAAUUGUACUUAAUGUUUGUUUAGAACUGCGCUCAUGUAUUUAUAAGGAAUCGGUUUUUGAACAAAGUUACAUAACAUUGAAUGUGAAAUUAUUAUAAGACUGAUGGUAAUUAGACCAUUACUAUGUUUAGAAUUCACCCAUCUCUGGUGAUCAUGAGCAAAGGUAAUUUCCUGCUUUGCAUAAUGUAAUAACCACAGUUUUUGUAUUCUUGCAUGGCAUAUUAUUACUUUACUUCUUGUAUGACGAUGGUAUAUGUAAUCUGUGCGUACCUAAUACUCGUGUUCCCGCCAAAACGUGUAAACGUCAAAAUUACCAAACACAACAAGAUGACACAAAAUGUGAAAUCCUGAACAAUAUAUUAUACUUGCCAUAAAGUUAAACUUUUCUUUUUUAGUUUAUAUUCUAUACUUGUGACAUAGACCCUGGAAAUCUCAUUUCAUCAUAGUCUAGUCAUGGACUUGAAUGUAAGUAAAUUAUGAUAAUAAAAACUUUAAUGAACAGUGGA